AUGACCACCGAGACGCUGAGCGACGCUCAGCUCGAAGAAAUUUAUGCCCACGCCACACAACUGGCGAAAGAAGCGGGACAAAUGCUCCUCGAUGCCGUUGAGGCUCGUUCAGGUUCAGCAGGAGCAGGGCACGUGGAGAAGGAGUCAGCAGUCGAUUUGGUGACGCAGACUGAUGAAGAUGUGGAAGCAUUCAUUCGUCAAAGCGUACAAGCCAAAUUUCCAUCUCAUGCCUUCGUUGGCGAAGAGUCGUAUUCCAAAGGACAAUCCAAAGAAUAUCUGAUACCUGCGAAAGGCCCAUCGUGGUGCAUCGAUCCGCUGGACGGCACGGUUAACUUCAUCCACCUGGCGCCAUUCUAUUGCGUUUCGAUAGCUUUUCUGUGGAAUGGCGAGCCUGUUGUUGGCGCUGUGAAUGCGCCAUUUCUGAAGCAAUUAUUCACCGCUUGUCGAGGCAAAGGCGCGUGGUUGAAUGAGAAGACACCACUUCCACUGGCAAGAAAUCCUAUACCGGCGAUGCCUGAGACUGCGCCAAAGGGUUGCGUGUUCUCUUGCGAAUGGGGCAAGGACCGAAGAGAUAUACCUGAUGGUAAUAUGCAUCGCAAAGUCUCCAGCUUCAUUAACAUGGCAGCUGAGCUUGGGGGCCGGCAAGGCAAAGGAGGAAUGGUACAUGGUGUCCGAAGCUUAGGCUCUGCAACGCUCGAUUUAUGCUACGUAGCCAUGGGAGGCUUUGACAUCUGGUGGGAAGGUGGCUGCUGGGAGUGGGACGUCGCUGCUGGUGUCUGUAUACUCAAGGAAGCAGGCGGUCUAAUUACGACUGCAAAUCCGCCCGAAGACUACUUGAACGCCGCAGUACCAGAAGCUAAGUUGGGAAGCAGACUUUAUCUAGCCAUUCGGCCUGCAGGCGAUUCGGCCUCCGAGACAGGACGACAAAGCCAGGAACGAACUGUCAGAGAAGUAUGGCGGCGCGUGGAGAGCCUGGACUAUACCCGACCUGGUAUAUGAGGUACGACUGCGACAGAAAUACAACAACUCUAACAGCGUAAUGGCCACAAAUUAGCACCUCGAAGGAGCGCUUCAUAUUUAUACAGUCUUUCUACAACCUCGCCUGAGAUAACGCAUGCGCAACGACUUUUUUGACCU